AUGGUGCGUCCCUCCCACCAAUGUUCCGCGCGCUCCUGGAGUGGCCCCAAUGUUCCUCACGUGCCAGGAGCGGCCACCAAUGUUCCACAUGUGCCAGGAGUGGCCCCAAUGUUCCACACGUGCCAGGAGUGGCCACCAAUGUUCCACAUGUGCCAGGAGUGGCCCCAAUGUUCCACACGUGCCAGGAGUGGCCCCCAAUGUUCCACACGUGCCAGGAGUGGCCCCAAUGUUCCACACGUGCCUGGAGUGGCCCCCAAUGUUCCACACGUGCCAGGAGUGGCCCCCAAUGUUCCACACGUGCCAGGAGUGGCCCCAAUGUUCCACAUGUGCCAGGAGUGGCCCCAAUGUUCCACAUGUGCCAGGAGUGGCCCCCAAUUUUCCACACGUGCCAGGAGUGGCCCCAAUGUUCCACACGUGCCAGGAGUGGCCCCAAUGUUCCACACGUGCCUGGAGUGGCCCCCAAUGUUCCGUGCGCACCAGGAAUGA